CUGUUGUGUGCUUAUAUUUUUUUCGACUUCUUUGAGUUACUACUUUACGCGCCUCUCCCCUUCCAUCUCUCGCGCUUUUCCUCCCUUCACCUCUUUUCUUCGUUCCUAUCCCUUUCCUUCUUCUUCUUUUCUCUCUCUCUCUCUCCUCCUUCUCUUCUCUCCCUCCUCUUCUCUUUUCUUCUUCUUUUUUCUUUGUAUUUUUGUUUUUGUCUUCAAAACAAACAAAUUUCUUUUGUAAAGUAUGUCUCAACCCUCCAACUCAAGCUCUGACCAUUACGAUGACCGUUUUAUUCCUAAUGCUAGCCAAGAAAACGAUGGCGACCAGCAGUACGAUUACGACGAUGCUCAAUUAACAUUGCGUGCUCUUGUCUCGACCAAGGAAGCCGGUGUGAUUAUUGGCAAAGCUGGAAAAAAUGUGGCUGAGCUGAGAGACUCUACCGGUGUCAAGGCUGGCGUAUCCAAGGUUGUCCAAGGUGUCCAUGAUCGUGUAUUGACUGUUAGCGGUACUUUGGAAGGUGUUGCAAAGGCCUAUUCGUUGAUCGCCCAGACUUUGUUGGACAACCCAAUCUCGCCUGCUACCCCUCCUGCCACACCCACAGGCACCUCAAUGGUUGACUUGGUGGCAACAAUCCGCCUGUUGAUCUCCCACAACUUGAUGGGCACUGUCAUUGGUCGCCAGGGUGCCAAGAUUAAGCACAUCCAGGAUACCUCAGGUGUGCGUAUGAUUGCAUCCAAGACCCUUCUUCCUCAGAGCACCGAGCGUGUUGUGGAGGUCAGAGGUACUGUUGAUUCAGUCCGCCGUGCGGUUGUUGAGAUUGGACAGUGUUUGAUCGAAGACAAGGAGCGUGCCUAUGGUACCAUUCUCUACAACCCUACCAAGGGCAGCAUGAGCAUUGUUGGUGCUAACGGCGCUGGUGUCGGAAAUGUAUCGUCUUCGGUCCUUUCGUCUUCUGUUGCCAACUCUGCCACAAACUCUGCCAACGGUGGAUCCAAUGGUCCUGAUCGUCGCAGCUCUAUUACUCGCACUGGAAACGGCUCGGACUUUAGCUCUGCACCCACAGAUUACCAAACCCAGCGUCGUCCCUCGGCCACCUCCCAGAACUUCCUCAAUGAUCCUUCUAUUCGCACUCAACACAUUUCUAUUCCCAGUGACAUGGUUGGCUGCAUCAUUGGUAAGGGAGGUUCAAAGAUCUCUGAAAUCCGUCGUUUGUCGGGUUCACGGAUCUCGAUUGCCAAGGUACCCCACGACGAAACCGGCGAGAGAAUGUUCACAAUCCAGGGUACUCCCGACUCGAAUGAACGUGCCUUGUAUUUAUUGUAUGGCCAGCUCGAGAAUGAAAAAGAACGUCGUCUGAGAAGUGUUAUGCACGAGGAUAUUCUCGAAGAAGACGAGGUCGUCAUGUAGAUAAAAAAAAAGCAACAAACCAAAAAACAAAAAACCUAGUUAAACAAAAAAAAAUGAACAGCAAAAUAACCUUACCUACAACCUUAUUUUACCUCAAAUUCCCCCUCUUCCCCUCGCCUUUCAAAAAAAAACCAUUAAAAAAAACCCAUAGGAGAUUUUUGGAAGAACAAACCAAACAAUAUUUUAGUGCAAGUUUUAGCCCACCUUUCACCCUAUUAUCCAAAUUAUUUUCUUUGUCCAUCUUCACCCUUUUUUUUCUUUCUUUCUUUCUCAUUUUUACUACCAGCAAAAAUUACCACCCAUUUUUUAAAUGGGCAAACCAAAACAAAAAAAAAUAUCAGUCAAUUAAAUAAUG